AUGUUUUGCUGCUUGAGAGCUGGGAGAAGGUUAUGUCUGGAGAAGGUACUGCUACAAUGUGUUCUUCAGUCACGAACUUUGUCAGGAGCUGAUGCCAUCAAUGCUCUCAGACCUUUCUAUUUUGCUGUGCAUCCAGAUUUUUUUGGCCAGCAUCCCAAAGAGAGGGAAGUAAAUGAAAACUCUCUGAAGAGGUUAAAUGGCUACUUGGAGAACCUUCAGAAACCAGGUUUUCGCUCCUUUAAGCCAACUCAGCUUACUUUUUAUGUAAGAGAAAGAGAACAAAACUCUUCUAAUGUUCAUGAAUCCUUCAGUGCUUCAGGAUUUCGAGCAGUCAGUUUUACAUUGCAUACGAGGGAUCUGCUGAGCACAGUAUUAGAUAUUCUCAACUCCUGCAGUUUGUCUACAGAGCAUGUUCAGAGUUUGAAUGUGAACUCUGAGCCCCACAAGGAAGCAAGAAGCACAGUGAAUAGACCUAUCAAAUGGGAUAAGACUUAUUAUUCGUUUACUGGAUUCAAGGAUCCUGAGGAGGAGCUAGAACAAGCCCACAGAGUGGAAACAACUUUAAUAUCUUGGCUAGAUGAUAAUGAAGCAAGUGCAGGAAAAAGGCUGAAAAAGAGUUUGCCACUUAGAAAAGAACUAGAACGUUUAAAAUUUCAACUCUCUCAUCAACUCCAGCUCUCAGAUAUCAGGUGGCAGAGAAGCUGGGGUGUUGCUCACCGCUGUAGCCAGCUACACAGUCUAGGUCGAUUAGUCCAACAGAGACCUGAAGUAUUAAAGAAUGUUAAAGGACGCACGGUGGUGUUUACAGACCGUUCAGGUAUGAGUGCAGCAGGCCACAUAAUGCUGGGGACCAUGGAUGUUCACCAUCAUUGGACCAAAAUUUUUGAGAGAUUGCCAAAUUAUUACAAACUUCAAAACAGACUGCUGUUCUUGGAAGAUCGGAUAAGCCAGCUUCUGGGAGGCAUACAAGUGAUAUAUAUUGAAGAGCUGCAACCCCUGUUGACUCUAGAAGAGUACUAUCAGACUCUGGACUCUUUCUAUAACAAGUUACGAGACAGCAGACUACCUUUUCAUCCUCGCAGUCUGCGAGGCUUGCAAAUGAUUCUGGAAAGUGACAGAUACGCACCAAGCUUACAUGAAUUUGGACACUUCACAAUCCCAACGGUCUGUGAUCCAGCAACCCUUCAAUGGUUUAUUUUUGCUAAAGCACAGGAAGCAAGAGAGAAUCUGAAAAGAAAGGAGGAGAUGAUGAUUACAGAAAAGGAGCUAAUUGAUAGUUCCACUGAAAAGUUUUCUUUGGAUCGGCUGUAUAAGGAGCCCAGCGUUUCCAGUGCGCAGAUGAUAGCCUGCUGUAAGCGGCUGCUGGAGGAAUCGUUGCCCUACCUACAAGGCAUGCACCUCUGCAUUUCACAUUUCUACUCUGUGCUGCAGGACGGAGAGCUGUGUAUACCUUGGAACUGGAAAAGCUGAGGACCUAUCUGAUAAUCAGAUGAAUUGUUUAUUUUAUGUAAGAGACUCUAAAUAGGAGUGUUUUAAAGAGUAAAUUAUUUAAAUCUGUAUUUUGAUAAAAGUAUUCAGCCUACAAAUUUCUAACUGCUGCUUAAAAAGGAUGGAGUCCUAGAUAAUUUGCACAAUGCACAGUAUUGCCGUUUCUGGGAAAGACAUCUGUACCAUUCUCCAUGCAGCUGUAGGAAUCCCAGUGGAUGGUAGCAGUUGUGAAACCUCAUUUUUGUAGUGAAUUAUUAAAAUCUAUUAAA